UCCAUCCCAGCUGCACCGUUACCACAGACAGGCGCCUCCUCGUAGACGGCAGCUCAUGCAUUCAGCAUGGCUGCCGAGGCCAACGAUGACGAAGCAGCAGCGGCUGCCGCGCGCGACGAGGCCCAGCGCCGCAGACAGGCCACCAUCAGUGGGAAGGAGAGCAUACAAGAGUCGGAGAGCAACGACGUGGACAGUGAAGACGAGGAUGCGGAUGAGGAGCCCAAGUUGAAAUACACCCGUCUGACUAGUAGCCUGGCCGCUGUAUACCGGAAUGGCGACGCGACAAGCGCAUUCAUGGUUGCGGGGGACAAGAUGAUUGUGGGCACUCAUAAUGGUAACAUUCACGUUGUGAGUGUGCCCUCCUUUCAAGCGCUCCGAACGUACAAUGCGCACAAGUCCGCUUCAGUCACCGCGCUCUCCGUAUCACCAUUCCCACCAUUCCCACCAUCGUUGCCCAUUCUGCAGCCGCAGUCUCCCAGCCGGAACCAGGAGGGGUCGGAUACUCCAACUAGACAGGCACCACCUUCAAGCAAUCCUAAUGCAUCCCCGCGGACUCCACGACAGGCAUUGGUGCCCAAUAUUCCUUCGAAUCAGAUAUACAUCGCGUCCGCAUCCAUAGAUGGACACGUUUGCGUUUCCUCCCUGGUGGACAGCAAGGACGUUACGCUACGGAAUUUUGCGCGACCACUCCAGGCUGUGGCGCUCUCUCCCGACUACAAGAACGACCGGUCGUACUUGUCUGGAGGCUUGGCUGGUGAGCUGGUAUUGACUACUGGAGGCCAAGCGGGAGUCCGGUCCAACGCAAAUACAAGUCAUGCUGCAGCCACGGCCCAAGGGUGGCUUGGUGCUAUAGGGCUAGGAGGCCACACCGGAAGAGACAUCAUUCUGCAUUCAGGAGAAGGUGUAAUCAACGCCAUCAAGUGGUCUUUGUCAGGCAAGUUUGUGGCAUGGGUUAAUGAACACGGCAUACGUAUCAUGCGAACCAAUCUACACAUGCACAGUGCUGAUUCAGAGUCGGCCUGGAAGAGGAUCGGCUUCAUUGAGAAACCCAAUCGCCGAAUCUGGGAAGAGAUGGCCGGCGUGUGGAAGCCACGUCUUGAAUGGAUUGAUGACGAAUGGCUAGAGUCGGAUGAGGAUGAGAUCAUCAAUCUCAAUGGGCACCACUCCGUGGAAAAGGCGGACUCGACCCUACCGCAUCAAAGGGCGGACAAAACUCAACCUAGCCACAAGGAGGGCAAGAAGGUGAAAGUGGAGAAGUUGAUAAUCGGAUGGGGAGAUGCAGCUUGGGUGGUGCACGUUCAUCCUGGAGGGACCGGUACUGGCAGGGAUGUUGGGGAGAGGUCGGUGGGCAGCGUUGACAUCAUCCAUUUGCUUCGGUUUGACGAUUGUAUUGUUUCUGGCAUUUCGCUCUAUACCCCUUCCUUACUCAUUGUACUUGCAUAUCGCACACGCGACGACGACGAUAACCCUAUCACACCAAACGAUGUCACCCCGAGACGGGGGAUGCAUAGGCGCACAAAUGGCUUGACACCCGAACUCAAGCUUAUCGAUGCAGCGACCUCGGACGAGAUUGAGGUGGACUCUCUCACGGUCAGCAGGUAUGAGAGCCUCUCAGCAGCAGACUACCACUUGAGCACUUUAUAUGUGCCACAUCCAAAGGCCAUGACGCCUGCGCAGAGGAAUGCAUUGGAAGCAAUAGGAGGCGGCAUCUGGGAUGCUGGUUUGAGCGCUGCACGCAUCCUCAGCUCUGGUGCUAGCCUCAUCAGUAUGCCUAGUGGUGCAGAUGUCAGAAGCUCUGCGUCCGUGUCUUCUGCUGGUGCAGCUGCAGCUGGCGCACCGCCGACCCCAAAACGGCAAUUGCAUCCUCAUCCAAACGCUACAACUGCUGGCCUCAAGAUCUUCAUCCAGAGUCCAUACGAUUGCGUUCUUGCCGUCAAGCGGGAUCUCGGGGAUCAUUUCCACUGGGAGCUGGAGCACGAGAACUAUCAAGAAGCAUGGGAGCUUAUCGAGGAUCAUCCCGAAGUUAUCGCAAACGCCAUCCAGUCCGUCCCAGAAGCAUCACCCAUGGCUACACCAACGAGAAGAGCAGGCAGUCUACAAGAAUUUUUUGCCGAUGAGAACGAAUCGCAGACUACAAUAUCAGCAAAUCGUGCUAACCAGAACGCAGUUGUGGAGCAGGAAAAGCGUCGCAUCGGAGAUCUCUGGCUUCAGCAAUUAGUCAACGCCGGGAACUGGGCUGAAGCAGGCAAAGUGGCUGGUCGGGUACUAGUGACGGCUGCAAAAUGGGAACACUGGGUGUGGAUUUUCGCUCAGGCAAAUCGUUUCAAUGAGAUCGCGCCGUAUAUCCCGACGAAACAGCUGCAGCCUCCGCUCCCUUCCAUGGUCUACGAGGUCGUCCUGGGUCACUAUCUUUUCCACGACCGAGUGCGGUUCAAACAUCUGCUCGAAGAAUGGGAUCCCGAACUGUUCAAUAUCGACAGUGUGGUGGCUGCUAUCAAGAGCAAGCUAUCGGCUGGUGAUGUCACUGAGGACUCUGUCGAAGGUAACGAGCAGGGUCGCGAUUGGCGGAUCCUCCAGGAUGCGCUGGCGAAACUGUACCUUGCCGGCGGGCACCAGCGUGAAGCGUUGAGGUGUUUUAUUCGGCUUCAGAAUGCAGACGCGGCCAUGGCGCUCAUCCGUGACCUCCACCUGGUGGAAGCUGUUCGAGAUGAUAUCCCGGGAUUUAUCCUCCUUCGUGUCACGAAAGAGCAGUUGGAAUCUGCUUCAUUGUCGGAAUUGGAGGAAGCGUCGGCCGAGGCUAUCCAGGUGCUCGUGGACGAAGGAUGUCGCGGCAUCGUGCCGGCAGAAGAUGUGGUGGCUCAGCUGCAGGGAAGGCACGGCCACUUCCAGCCAUUCCUGUUCUUCUACCUUAGAGCUCUAUGGAAGCCACAACCCCAUGAGCGUCACUUCAAAACUGCCCAGGAACGUGUUGCCGCUGAUCGGCUGGCCGCGGAUGGUCAACUCAUUGCGGAAGCUUUUGCAGAUCUCAUCGUAGAGCUCUUCGCCGAAUAUGAUCGCUCCCUACUCAUGGAGUAUCUCCGCAAGUCGCAAAGCUAUGAUCUUGGGAAGGCUGCUGCCAUAUGCGAGAGGGAGAACUAUAUCCCGGAACUAGUACAUAUUCUUUCUAAGACCGGUCAGACCAAACGCGCGCUUUACCUCAUUAUCGAGAAACUUUCAGACGUGUCUGCAGCUAUUGCAUUUGCGAAAGAGCAAGAUGAUCCUGACCUCUGGAACGACUUGCUGGAGUACUCCAUGGAUAAGCCACAUUUCAUCCGUGGCUUGUUAGAGGAAGUAGGUACGGCCAUCGAUCCCAUCCAACUGGUAAAACGUAUCCCGGAAGGUCUAGAAAUCGAGGGUCUGCGAGACGGCAUUGGACGCAUGGUUCGCGAAUACGAAAUCCAACACUCGAUCUCCGAAGGCGUAGCAAAGGUCCUCAGGGGCGAGGUUGCAACCGGCAUGGACACUUUGCGAGAGGGUCAGAAACGUGGCGUGAAGUUCGAAAUCGUGCCUUGCGAGGAAGACAUCUCGGACACCCAGAGUAUCAAACGUCAUGGCCCGCGUGCAGAAAGAGACAGCGCGCAAGGAGGAAGAGAAAUAGAUGUGAGAGCAAAAGGCGUGGAUGCUCCUACCGCAGCAGCCGCAGCAGCCCGGAAAGGUGACGGAGCGUUCAUAUCAGCAAGAGCAAAUAUCUACCCCGAUCCUCCUCCUCCUCAUCAGGGGUCUGACAGCGAAGCAUCACCUGGCCACUGCACCGUCUGCCACCGACCCUUCACGCUUCCCACUGCAGAAGAAGAAGAAGAAGCCUUCCUAUCCGAAGAUCGAGACCCUGAUGCCCCGGUACCUCCAUCUCGCGACACUCUCGUUGGAUUUGUAUGCGGACACGUCUUCCAUCUUGCCUGUCUUCUGCCCAAGACGUCGGUGGCCCCUGAAGUGGCGAAGUUGCUGCAAAAGCAAUUGGUCAGUGAUGUCCAGGAAGAUGGAUAUGGGUACUGGGGACGCAGUGUGGGCGCGAAGGUUGCGCAUGCGCAUCUGAUAAGGAGGGCGGUGGGGAGUGGAUGUGUGGUUUGCCGCGCGAGGGAGGAGCGUGGGGAUGUCUGACCUGAAUGUCGUAGAGGAAGGGAAAGACUUGUAAAUAGAGUGCGGUUGGGAUUAGGAUAUGAUACCGUUUGGGAACUCGGGUCGGGAAUUAGCAUUGCAUUAGAUGCUUGGGUAUAUGUAUGGAUGGAUGGCAUAACCAAGCAUGGUAGAAUUCUCCGGACCUGUAUUGUAGGAUAUAUCUACCGUUCGAUAUCUUUUGUGUUAGUUAGCAUGUCCUACUUAGAUCCGCUGAUAAUGUGGGACGUUCAGAUGAUAGAUG